UUGACCGUUGACUGUUGACUCGUAGCUUGCUUCUUCCUCUGCUCUUUCCAACUGUCAAACAGAGCGUCUUCGGUGUACUACGCAAGAAACAGAGCUCCCUCCACCACCGUCGAUGGUGCGGACGACGGUGCAGGAGCUGGCGGCGGCCGUGGAGGAGCCGCCGCGACAGUACGUGGUGGCGCACGAGCAAGAUCAAGGCCUGCUGGCCGCUGAUGAGAUGCCGGAGCCCAUCCCUCUCAUCGAUCUUAGCCGGCUGACUACGGCCGCCGCCGCCGACGAGGCCGACAAGCUCCGGGCGGCUCUACAGACCUGGGGCCUCUUCAUGGUGACCAACCAUGGAAUCGAGGAGUCUCUCAUGGAUGCCAUGAUGAGCGCGUCGAGGGAAUUCUUCCGGCAACCGUCCGAAGAGAAGCAGAAAUGCAGCAACUUGAUAGACGGCGGCGGCAAGCACUCUGAGGUGGAAGGCUAUGGAAAUGACGAGGUGGUAAACCAGGCCGAGGGCCUCAGCUGGAACGACCGGCUGCAUCUGAGGGUGGAGCCAGAAGAUGAGAGGAAUUUCACCAAGUGGCCCGCUCACCCGAAAUCUUUCAGGGAUGUGCUUCUUGAGUACGCAUCAAGAACCAAGAGAAUAAGAGACCUCGUCUUUCGAUCGAUCGCCAAGCUCCUGGACCUUGAUGAGGAUUACUUCCUCAACCAAAUAUCAAGCAAGGAUCCCGGGUUUGCUAGGUUCAACUACUACCCUCCGUGUCCGAGACCUGACCUAGUACUGGGCAUGAGGCCUCACUCUGAUGCUGGUCUCCUUACCAUCCUUUUUGUCGACCACGACGUCGGUGGCUUGCAAGUUGAGAGAGAUGGGAGAUGGUACAAUGUUCCGGCCAAGCCUUACUCGUUGGUGAUCAACUUGGCUGACUGCAUGGAGAUAAUGUGCAACGGGAUCUUCAGGAGCCCGGUCCACAGGGUGGUGACGAACGCCGAGAGAGAGAGGCUUUCACUGGCCGUGUUUUAUGCUGUGGAUGGAGAGACGGUGCUGGAGCCAGCGCCUGGUUUGCUGGAUGACGAGCGACCGGCAAGAUAUGGGAAAUUCAAGGCCAAGGAUUUCGGUCUUUCUUUCGACUGAACAUAACAUUUCAGCCAAGGGAAGAGAUUCAUGGAGACCCUGAAAAUACAAGCUCGGCGGUCUCAAUUAGUUUAUCUACGGAUUUGUAGCAGUGAUUUAUUACCUGUGGAGAAUAAAUAAAGAGAUGGUUUCUCUUGUGUGAGUGGGGAUUUUAUCUAUAAUAUAAUCGCCUUUUCUUU